UAAAAUGGAGUAUUUUUGAAUUAACAUUUCACUUUUUAUAUUUAUAUUAACUAAUGUUUAUAAAUGAAACAGUAUUGUUUAGUUUAAGCAUGUUGUCUGUUAUUUUAAAGAAGUCAUGUUUGAGAAAAAUAAAAACACAAUGUCUCAUCAACGUUGCAUGACUGAAAUGUAUUAAAAUAUGUUAGACUGUCUGUCUUCUGUCGGAAUCAGUGUUGUUGUGUAUAAAGGCGUGGUCAAACACUAAACGCUGUCACACUGUCGCAGUGAGAACGACGCGUCGUCGGAGAACGAGCAGCUCUUGAGUCGCAGCAUGGACAGUGAUGAAGAAGCAGCUCAGGACAAACAGGGAACCGCUGACCUCUGUCUACUGUCUCUGGUGCAUCUGACACGGGACAAGACCUGCUCCACCAACACCACCAACACCAAUAACACCAUCAACACCAGCAGCAGCAGCAGAGCCACCGGGAUUCACAGCAGGAGGAAGAAGAUCCUGGAUCUGUACACCAAGGCCUGCAGUGUGGCAGAAGGUCUGAGUCCCACCGAGCUCCCGUUCGACUGUCUGGAGCGCAGCAGCCGGAUGCUCAGCGCCACCUACAGCACAGACAAGGCAGUGGUGAAGACCUGGAGACACCUGGCCGAGAGCUUCGGCCUGAAGCGUGACGAGAUCGGAGGAAUGACGGACGGCAUGCAGCUGUUCGACCGCAUCAGUACAGCGGGAUACAGCAUCCCUGACCUGCUGACCCGUCUGGUGCAGAUCGAGCGACUGGACGCCGUCGAGACCCUCUGCUUCGACAUCCUGGGCCCCGAGAACAGCGUCCCCCCGUCCAGCCACCAUCCCAAUCUGAGCUCGCGCUGCGCCAGCGUCUGACAGACCCAUCCAGACCUCGUCUGAGUCUCUGGAACACAUGCGGCGCAGAAACUGCUCUAAACAAGACUUAACACACACACACACACACACACACACACACACACACUUCCGUGAGCUUGGUUAUAGCGCACUAAUUUUGUACUUAAUAUACCCAGACCGUCUGAGAGAAUGAGUUCACAGGCUAAUAUAAUAAUAAUAGAAACAUGAUUAUAAGCUGAUCCCUUGUAACGCAAGCCUCGUUCAGACUCUCAGCUCAGAUCUGGUUUGAUGCGUGUCAGGACUCAAUCUGAUCUGAAUAUCUUACUGUCAGUAUAACUGUUCAAAUCUGAUUUGUGUGUCCAUUAGCACACUGUUUUAGGGAAUGUGUGUUGGUUUCGAUGGGAACACCGUUGCGUGGUUAUGUCUGCGCUAAAAACAGCAAUACAGUUUCAAUGCAGAUGUUGUUUUACGACAUGACAAACGAUGAUAUUCAUGUCAUGAGUGUCAUGAGGCUUCGGCAGAAACACAGGAAUCUGGAAUGUGUGAAUAUAUUCAAACUCGUUUCUAAAAAAAUCAGAAAAGAAUCCGAUCUGACCACAUAAUAUUUUUAGUAUAUUAAAUACAAAAUUAGUGCGCACAGAGCACUUUAUUACAUGAUGAAAUUGUGCUUUUCUCUGACCUCCCGAUCAUCUCUCACAGAAAACACUUUCAGAUGUGAAAUCUGUGAAGCACUGAUGAUCUUUUUCACAGGAUUCUUCUCUGUGGCUUGUAAACGACUCCUAAUUAACGUCAUUAACAGAAAAGAUCAGCAGUCAUCGUCUGAAUCCUUUCAUUUAGAGAACAUCUCUCAGGACAGAUGGAGGAAUCAUUUCUACAGACUCUUAAACUGGGAUCUUAAGUGCGGUCAGGGUCGUGUUUUAUUCUCAGUGUUUCGUUCCUGCAGUUUUCCUGAAGCAUCUCACAGACUGAGUUCAUGUUCGUUAAACGCUCUGAACGAAGCUAGCUGACAAACACAUCUGUUUCAAGGCAAGACGCUCAGGGAGAACGAGUCAAUAUUACUACAGCUCACCAGCUUCACCACAGUGCAGUCAAACUCAAGCUUUCUGAACACUCAUCUUUAAAUAUGCAUUCGUUUCCAGACCACAAAUCUGAGCUAAAGUCAGGGGGGAUGUUGGAUUUCUCUUUUUAUUACUCCAUAAAUCAGAGAAUAUAGAUCAAGUGCAAUAAAAUAUACACUUUAAAGUGUAUUUGGGAAGCUUUCUUUACACUAGUCUGGAGCAACAUAGAUUAAAAUCUCAUUGUAGAAGAGCAAAGGGACUUUUGUUACUGUUGUACAAUAAACAGUUCUGGUACUGCGACUAAAACAUUUUUUUUUUAAAAUGCAUAAUGAUAAUCAUUUAAAAAAAAAUAGAUUUAAUAACACAAAUAAUGAGUAGACACUUAAAUAUUUAAAACAAAUCUGGUAUUACUACUAUUUUUAUUACAUUUAUUAAAAAAUAGUGAGAGUCUCUUUCAAAUUGUUUAAAUUCAUAAUUUAAUAAUACGAAAUAAAUUGAAACAAUUUUAAAUAAAAACGUUUACAUUUGUUACUUUUGUAUAAUAAACAACUUCUACUAUUAUAUUUAUUUGUAAAAAAACAUCUAUUUUAAAAUACAUUUUAUACAAAUAAAAAAAUACAUUUACAGUUUUGUUAGUUUUAUAUAAUAAACAGUUGUGGUCCUAUUAUUAUUAUUAUUAUUAUUAUUAAGAAAUGUGUUUUUAAGAAAACUAUUUUAAAAUAUUGAAGAAAAAAAAGUGUUUUCCUGCAGUGUCUUGCCUAAAUGUUACAUUGAUGUGAGAAAAACUCUCAAAUAUGGUACAAGUACAUCAGAAGUGUGUGUGUGUGUGUGUGUGUGUGUGUGAUCCCACAUUCACCUUCGAUGAACUCACUGUAUCUGCUCACUUUCAGAAUAUGGAGUCAAUGAAAUUUUGACAGAAACAUUAAUCUGUUUAAGAGUCAUAGAGCUGCAGCUUGUGUGUGUGUGUGUGUGUGUGAGCGCUGCUGCUGGACUAAUUGGGUGGAAUUGGUGUUUUAUGACUCCGAGUGUAAAGCGGCUGUGAUUUCCAGCACCUCAUUAACUAAUAACCAGAACGGAAAAGCUGUAAAGUGUGUGAUGGGGAGCAGAGACAGCUGUGUAAACCUUUAACUGCACACAGCAGCGAGACGCUUUAACACACACACGCACGCACACACACACUCACACACACACACACUCACACACUCACACACACACACACACACACACACACACACACACACACAGAUCGUAUGUGUAUCCUCCCCGUGUCUCAUGUUAAUGUAUAUACUGAAUAUCAACUAACAGUGUGUUUUCUGCUCCACUUGUAAAUCCUCUUCAGGCUGAUGAUCAUGUUUCUAGCAGAGCUCCUGGAUCUAUAUGACCAUCACAACUGUAUAUAUAACUUAUUAUUGUACAUA